CCCGCCCCUGACCCUGCCCCCAGGCCCAGUGGUAUCAGAUCCUGAGCCGAAGUGGGCUGUGUUGACGGUACUGUAGCGGCCAGACUGAGGAGGGUUUGACCUACGACUGGACUUUGAGAGAUACAGUAACAGGUUUCCAAAAUGUCCCAGAAGAUCAAGGCUGGAUCUGUUGUGGAGAUGCAGGGAGACGAGAUGACCAGAGUCAUCUGGGAGCUUAUUAAAGAGAAGCUCAUCUUCCCUUACCUGGAGUUAGACCUGCACAGCUACGACCUAGGCAUGGAGAACCGUGACGCCACUGAGGACAGGGUGACAGUGGAGGCCGCGGAGGCCGUGCGGCGCUACAACGUGGGCAUCAAGUGUGCCACCAUCACGCCGGACGAGAAGCGCGUGGAGGAGUUCAAGCUGAAGCAGAUGUGGCGCUCGCCCAACGGAACCAUCCGGAACAUCCUGGGCGGAACCGUGUUCAGAGAGGCCAUCAUCUGCAAAAACAUCCCGCGCGUGGUGCCCGGCUGGGUGAAACCCAUCAUCAUCGGCAGACACGCCCACGGAGACCAGUACAAGGCCACAGACUUUGUUGUUCCUGGCCCCGGACGAGUGGAGAUGACCUACACGCCCAAGGAUGGAGGGGAGCCUCUCAAGUUUGUCGUCCACGAUUUCGAAGGCACCGGUGGUGUCGCGCUGGGCAUGUACAACACGGACAAGUCCAUCCGCGACUUCGCUCACAGCUCCUUCCAGAUGGCGCUGUCCAAAGGCUGGCCUCUGUUCCUCAGCACCAAAAACACCAUCCUCAAGAAGUACGACGGCCGCUUCAAGGACAUCUUUCAGGAGAUCUACGAGAAGGAAUACAAGGCUCAGUUCGAAGCUAAGAACAUCUACUAUGAGCACAGACUGAUUGAUGACAUGGUGGCCCAGGCCAUGAAGUCAGAGGGAGGAUUCAUCUGGGCCUGCAAGAACUACGAUGGAGACGUCCAGUCCGACUCUGUGGCUCAGGGUUAUGGCUCUUUGGGUAUGAUGACCAGUGUGCUGAUCUGUCCUGAUGGACGUACGGUAGAAGCCGAGGCUGCCCACGGCACGGUCACACGUCACUACCGCCAACACCAGCAGGGCAAGGAGACCUCCACCAACCCCAUCGCCUCCAUCUUUGCCUGGACGCGGGGGCUGCUGCACCGGGCUGAGCUGGAUAAGAACAACGAGCUGCGCGUGUUUGCAGAGGCGCUGGAGGCCGUCUGCAUCGAGACCAUCGAGGCAGGCUUCAUGACCAAGGACCUGGCCAUCUGCAUCAAGGGCCUGGCCAAUGUGCAGCGUCCGGACUACCUGAACACCUUCGAGUUCCUCGACAAGCUGGCGGAAAAUCUGAGCAUCAAGCUGUCGAAGCAGCCCAAACUGUGAAGCCGUCCUUCAUACUUGACUCAGCACACCCACGCCACAAACUCCCACACUCAGAUUUCAAACCCUUGUCCAGUGCCAAUCCACAGGCAAUGGUCACCCUCCUCGCCUGGUCCGGCUGUUGACCAAAAUCAGGGAGGACUGUACCACUACAACCAGACCAGGGGUGCGCUUUCAGGUGGAAUAACUGUGAAAGUGCCUUUGUUAAAGGGUUGGGGGGUGGUAUACACACACAGUGCUAACCCUUUUCACAGUUCUAGCUUCACCAUGGAAACCAUGUUGUUACUACAUUCAUAUCCGAAGCAUCAAGUUCAAUCCCAGACCAUGUUUUAAUAUUGCAGCAUUAAUUUUGCACUAGCACUACCCCAAUAGUGAAGUUAUAUGUUUUAUGUCAGUUCCGGUCAGUCUGCGUCAGGGUACUUGAACACGUUGCCUUAUAUGUCUGUGUGUGACGUCAUCGCAUCCUUAAUGUCGCUCCUACAAAGACCCGUCCAGUGAAUAGUGAGACUAUUACUAUUUUCUCUUUCUCAUACUUUUAAGUACAUCAGGCAUUUACAUUUACAUUUACAGACAUUUUCAAAAGCUGGUAUAAGUCUUCAUGUCGCCAUGUAUAUUCUGCUAAUAAAAAAGUGGGACCAUGA